CUUGUAUUGUGAGUUGCUGUUGUCAUUCAACUAAGAUAUAGUGGAGAUUUACAAACCACUAGGCUUAGAACCGACACCGGGGACUGACUGACCAAGUUAGUGAUCUGUCCUUCAGUCGGGCGCAUCGAGGCCGAAGUCUCACAGUACGAAGACGGAGGUUCGGCUCAUGUGUGCAAGUAACCAAAGUGCACACAACAGAGAAGUUGUAUAUUUUCUUUUGAUGGACACGGCUCUUCGAUGCAAUGUCGAGACGUGACAAUUAUUAAGAAACGGUGUCUUAAAACUAUGUGCAUGCAGCAGUUCUGUGACCCUGCUUGGAUUCGAAUCGAGUCAAAAUGGUGGACAAAGUAGACGAAAGGAAAAAGAAAAUUAUUUAUUCUGAUCGUGGGAGCACUACUCCAGAAAAACAAAGUAUAUUUGGGGGAUUAUUUGGACGUGGGAAGUCAAAAGGAAAAGCUCGGAGGCCAAGGUCUAGGUUUUAUGAAAUCAGCGGGCCCGUCGACGAUGGGGCAGUAUCGUCUCCUCCCACCGAGAACGAAGCCACGCUUGCAAGCAAAACGACGUCGUCUGCAGUACAAAUCGAAGAUGACGAAAACGUGCCGGGAGCCGGACACCUUUUUGAGCCUUGUUCGCUCAUAAAUGCUACUUGGUGUGACAAGUGUGGAGACUUUAUUUGGGGAGUUUAUAAAAGGAGCUUAAGAUGCAAACACUGUAAGUACACAUGUCAUCACAAGUGUGUGAAGUAUGUGACGUUGGAUUGUACAGAGUUAAAAGAGGAGAAACCAUCGCCAGAAAAUACUUUACUUACAAAGAUUCCUGAGGAUGUGAAGCCUGGAAACAUGACUGAGGAUGAGGUUAGACGACGAGUAGAAAGCUACAAUUCUAAGUCAAAUGGUUUGGUCAUUACAAUGGAUGAAAAUGGCGAUACAUUUCGUGGUUUUGUUCGUGUACACAUGAAUUUAUCUCGGCCUAUCAAUGUUAUGGCUGGAACAAGACCAGCUUCUGUAUUUGGUGUAAUAGACCAACAAGAUCUUAAAUCUAAAAAAACGUCUUUCUUUCUACCCAAAGGCACAGUAAAAUUAUUACAUAUUACAAGUGACACAACAUCACAGGAAGUUAUUGUAGCUUUACUCAAUAAAUUUAAAAUAUUGACUAUGAGAAGACUGUCUGAUUAUGAGCGACCACUACUUCUUCACUUAUUGUGGGGUCCCAACAAUACAAAUAGAAAGUUUGUACUUCAAGAAAACGAAACAGGUGACAUAAUGUGGGAAGCUUUCAGUAUUCCGGAAUUGCAGAAUUUCCUAAAGAUACUAGACAGAGAGGAGAAGGAACAUUUGAUACAAGUACGUAAGAAGUACAAGGUGUACCAAGAAAAGAUGAAAGAUGUAAUGAAACAAAAUGAGGCUUCUUUGAAAAUUUAAACAGCUCAACCACUAUCCAGAUGCAGAAAUCAUUUUGGAUAUGUGACUAAUCU